AUGAUCUGCGCGGAAACAAAUCACCAGCGGAUUUCGUUCGCCGGCGACCUCGGCCAAUCCGAUAAAGCACCACCUAUGGAACAACAACAACAACCACCACCAGGACCGGUUCGAAGAGACACAACUCUUUUAGAUUCAUCAAAUCCAGAUUUCGAGUUCCACAUUUCAAGAAACUUCGAUCCUGGAGACUCCGCACCAGCCGACGAGAUAUUCGCCGACGGCAUGAUCCUCCCGGUGCUUCCUUUCCAAGUAACCAACGCAUCAGCCAUGCCAAGACGUCUCUACAAGUACGAGCUCCCUCCUAUCGUCUCCGCUCCUUCCUUAUCAUCAUCUCCCUCCUCAUCCUCUCUUCCUCCUCAUCAGCCAUUGCCAUUGCCCCAACAGCAUUCGAGAAGACACAGCGACAAGGAAACUACAACGGGAAGGGGAAGCGGGAACGGUGGUCGAGGGAGCGGCGCAAACUCGGACUCGGAGGUAGAGAAGUCGUCGAAGUCGUUUUGGAGUUUCAAGCGAAGCUCGAGCCUUAACUGCGAUAUAAAGAAGAGUUUGAUUUGUUCUUUUCCUCGUUUGACAAGAAGCAACUCCACGGGAUCAGUGAUGAAUUCGAAGAGGGCAAUACUUAGGGACAUUAACAAGCAUAGCUCGCAGAGACAUGGAGCCCCACGUCCAAGGGAAAAUCCAUCGUCUCAUUUGUCUUCUCCUUCCUCUGUUUGCUGCUCGUAUCAGUUCAGGCCACAAAAGCACGGAAAGAAUGGCGGCAGAGGAGCAGGAGGAGGAGGAGGAAGCUUUCGGAUUACUCCGGUGAUUGGUGGUCCAUCUCCGUUUGGGUUAGGAUCGAUCUUACGACUUUCGAGAGACAAGAAGGUGAAGAACAAGUAA